AUGGAGUCAACCACCCCGAUUACCGAGGAAGCGAUGGACAUUGACAUCCAGAUUCGUGAGAAUGCGAAUAAUUCUGUUGAGAUGGCGAAGAUCGCUGAAGUCGAAAUGGCAACUGAGAAGCCGGACGACGCCAAGAGUUUCGUAGAGGAGAUGGAGUCCGAGGAAGCGAAUAUGGCCGACGAGGAGGCGACCGAGGAGACGGAACAUGCGAAAGAGACUUUGGCGGUCAAGAACCCAUCCGAGCCGAAGGAGUCUGACGAAGCGGAUAUGGCCGACGAGGAGUCAACCGAGACGAAUCAGAUUGCGAAAGAAAUUCCUGCAGUCAAGAACUCAUCUGACACGAAGGGGUCCGAGGAUGCCGAUAUGAUCGACGAGAAUCCGACCGAUGAGGUUGACCCGGCAAAAGGGUCUUCGGCCAUCACGAACCCAUCCGAGCCGAACGAGUCCGGGGAAACAAAUAUGACCGACGAGAAGCCGAACGAGGAGACUGAGGAUGCGCCGGAGCAGAAUCCAUCCGAUCCGACGGAGUCUAACGACGCGGUCGUGGCCAACGUGGAGCCGACCAAAACGUUUUUGAUCGAGCAAGCGAUUGCUCGCAUCAAAAAAGAAUGGGUCGAUGAGAACGGUAUGAGCAACAUGCCUCGCACCACCGUGCGUUGUGAAGCGCUUUGGGAUGAUAUAUUAAGAAGAUUGCUAGUGGUUAGUCAUAGAAUCAACCUAAAAAAUCGCAAUCUGCUUUCGGUUGCUCUGCUCGACAUUGUUCACGUGUUGGAGGCAAUUUUCGACAAAAUCCUCGAUCUCCGCACCGAGUGUGUGAAUCUUCAAGCUCAAGACGUUCGACGCCAUCCGCAUCACAACUUGGCCGCGGAGAAGACCAGAUGGUGCGAACAUCUUAUCCAUAUCCUCGAUGUAAGCGCUCCAAUCACUGCUCGCAUUGUGCCAACUCGUGACUGA